GUGAGGUGUUCGUGUUCUUAAAUGAACCAUGUACUGUCUUUGGAGCGCAAGAUUCACUGCUGUUCUUAUUCACGGCGCAGCCUUGCUUCUCGGGAUUUUUGCAUCCAGCGCCAGCAUUAAGGACAGUAGUGAGGCGGGGGCCGAGAUCCAGCACCAGUCUGAGGAGGUGGCCCAGUGGUGGGGGGAGUGGAGCAGCUGGUCCACCUGCUCUCGAACCUGUGGAGGAGGGGUCCGGUCACAGGAACGUCACUGUCUACAGCAGAGGCUUAUUGCAACACAAAAUGUCAACACCUCCAUCUGUGUUGGAUCCUCAAAGCAGUACCAGCUGUGUCCAAACCAGCCAUGCCCAAGCAACCGGAUUAGCUUUAAACAGCAGCAGUGUUCUUCCUUCAAUGCGAAAGCCUUCGGCCGCCGGCACUAUGUGUGGGUACCCCUCUAUCCGGAUGAUUACACCAGCAUUUCCAAUAAACCAUGUGACCUCCAGUGCACCACCACGACAGGGGAGAGGCAGCUCCUGGUGCCAGCCCAGGAUGGUACAUACUGUCGGGAUGGAAUCUACCAGGGUGUCUGCAUCGAGGGCCAUUGCCAGAUGGUGGGGUGUGAUGGGAAGCUGUACUCCAAUAAAAUGGUAGAUAAGUGCGGGGUGUGUGGUGGAAACGGCGGCUCCUGUUACCGCAUCUCCGGAUCUUACCGAAAAGGAAUCACACAGUUAGGCUAUCUGUUGAUAACCAACAUUCCGGUUGGAGCUACUGACAUCCAGAUUAUUGAGCGCCGGAAGACUGAAAAUAUUCUGGCUCUUUCAGAUGAAGCUGGGCACUUCUUUUUCAAUGGAAACACUGUCAUCGACAACCCAAGGAACUUCCGUGUGGCAGGAACAGUGUUCAAGUACAGGAGACCAGCUAACCUCAUCUCCGAUGGCUUUGAAUACAUCAUUGCACAGGGACCCACCAACCAAGGCCUGAACGUCAUGUACUACAACUUGAAUGGGAAGAUGCCCCACAUCACAUACGAAUACACAGUGCCCCGAUCUCCCGAGCCCAGAACAGCGUCCCCUCUGGCAGCCGCCCCUGAGGCGAUACGGAAGAGCAUCCUGGUGGCCAUGCCACAACAGGGCAUGGACCAUGGCUUGAAUGACACUUCGAUAGAGCUCUUCUACAAGGACAAUGAGAUUGACGGAGUUGAGGGGCGAGGACCUGGGAACCGCACGGUCCCUGUGGUGACUGACAAAAGCUCUCCAGCUGUGGACCUGGACUCUGCCGAGCACCUGGUGUGGGAGCUGCAGACCCCGCUAAACCUCUCCAACCUGCCGGGGGUUCUGCUUUUCCGGCCUGUCAACAAGGUCUUCCGGAACAAUGUGGAGCACAAACUGGAUGACCACGAGGGACUGACCGAAUUUGGCACGGAUUCAAACUUGAUUGACGGGCAUGGUGCAGCCAACCAGAACACCUCCCACCAUGGAAGACCCCUCCUCCGGAGUAUGUUCCUGGGACUCCUGUCCAAACAGGCGGGUCUGAGGCGGGCCUGUAAGAACAGCUCCACCCUCGAUGUGCUCUGUCCUGACCAAGAGAGUCCUGAGGCUCAGCGAAACUCCAGCACCUCACUGGACAACAGUGUCUCCCUAGAGGUCUACCCAGGAAGCCUGAUUGCUGACCUCCGCCUAGGCCCAGAGGAUGAUGCCCCCUAUGGGGUUCUGACAGAGAUGGAGCACCCUUCCAACAGCUCCACCCAUCAACGAACUAACCUGCUCCGCCUGCAUCAGGUGGAGCCUGUACAGGCCCCCAAUACAGAGAGCAACGAAUUUGAGGUGGGAUCGCUCGAUCACGACAUCAGCCUGGCUGACAUGUACAGAUGGAAGGUAUCUGCGUUUGCACCCUGCAGUUCAACUUGUACCACAGGAAUAAGCACGUCCUAUGCCAUGUGUAUUCGCUAUGAUGGGUCUGAGGUGGAUGAGAGCUACUGUGAUGCUUUGACAAGGCCAGAACCAACACAUGAGUUCUGUACCGGGAAAGAGUGUCCACCAAGGUGGGAGACCAGCAGGUGGAGUGAGUGUUCUCGGACAUGUGGUGAGGGCUACCAGUUCCGCACUGUGCGCUGCUGGAAAAUGAUGGCUCCUGGGUUUGACAGCUCUGUGUAUGAUGAGCUUUGCCAGGCCAGCGAGCUUCAGAAGCCAAUGGCUCGCAAGGCCUGCAAGAACAAGGGCUGCGGCCCGCAAUGGGAGAUCUCUGAUUGGUCAGAGUGCUCUGCCAGGUGUGGAGAGCGGGGCCUCCAGAGCCGGGAGGUGCGCUGCUCCAUGGAAACGCGUCUAUGCAACGACUCGGUCCGCCCGCUGAGCGAGAAGGAGUGUGAGGGACCGCCUUGUGACCGCAGGUGGACUGUGUCAGACUGGGGACCUUGCUCAGGACCCUGUGGUACUGGCCGGAUGACACGCUACGUGGUGUGCAAGAACAGUGACGGGAACGUCAUAUCAGACGGACAGUGCGACCUGGACCUGAAGCCGCUGGCCGUGUACCCCUGCGGGGACAAGAACUGCCCCGCCCACUGGGUGGAGCAAGAGUGGGAGCAGUGCAACGCUACCUGUGGGCGGGGGGUGAAGGUGCGGCAGGUGGUGUGUGCGGGGCUGGAGAACGGGCUUUUUAAGGAGUUCCCGGAGCAGAGCUGUGAUGCAGCUCAGAGGCCAGAGGAGAGUGCACCCUGCUUCGAGAGGCCAUGCUCAAAAUGGUUCACCACAUCCUGGUCCCAGUGCAGUAAGACAUGCGGCUCAGGGGUCAAAGUUCGUGAGGUGAAGUGUUACCAGGGCGCGGAGCUGGGACACAGCUGUGAUUCGGCACUCAAACCCGAGGCCCGGCAAACGUGCGAGGUGCAGCCAUGCCCCACUGAGUCCCCAGUGGAUGACCUUUGCCAGGACAAGGCCACAGCCAACUGCGCUUUGGUUCUGAAAGUGAAGCUCUGCACCCACUGGUACUACAGGAAGGCCUGCUGUCAGUCCUGCAAGAACAAGGCCCAGUAGCCACCAUCGGAGGCGCCCUCUCCCUCCAGAGAGGGCGACGAUAGUCCACGGAACAGGACGCACUGUUACCAGAACUCUUUUUUUUUAGAUUGUAGAGUGAUUGUAGGGCCAGAAACUGGCUCUCACUAAAGGUGCUAUACUAGGUAUCGGUCCUCAGGUAGGUUUGGCCUGGCCUGGCCUGGCUCAGCCUGGUUCGCCCUGGGUCAGUCUGAGGGGUAGCUCCCCAGACUCCACAGCAGGAGAGCCCACGGGCCAGGGCCAGGGUCACCAGUACAGAUGAUGAUCGUUCAGCACAUUUGAAACCUCCCUCCCAACACUGUAGACGUCCCUUUUCUUUAUCGUUGUGUGUUACCUGUACAGACUUUUUUGUAUGUUUUUUUUUUUAAUUGAGUGUUUAAUUGAGUUACAGAGAAACAGAAAUAAAGCCAAACAGGCUACUUUUAGAAGGUUUGGCUGCUUAUUUUUGCUUCUCAUUGCUCUCUUGCCAAACAUACGCACAGACACACACAUGGACGCAGACACGCAGACAUACUGUAUACAUGACACAGCAUAAUACAUUUAUUUUGUAAUUAGUGGUCAAUAAUCUUGCCGUUAUUUACUAGUCAAUGACAAAUUGUAAUGAAUGUUGAGUACACUGGUAAUCUUUCACAUACAUUUUCUAAAAUAUUGAGUUUAUUUACCGUGGUGUUUUAUUUUGAUAUUUAAUCAAAUGUUUACAAAAGCAUUCUUAUUAACGAAGAGCAACCCUUUUCAUACAUAAAAUGCACAACAAAGAUUUCUAUUAUUAUGUUUGUAAAUCUAUUGUGAGUGUCUUCAAAAAUAUAAAUUGGUAUAAAAUUAACUCAAUAUAAAUAUUGAUGCAUGAAUAUAAUAAUAGAAAGUGGAUAAUUAAAUCAACUGUAAAAAUUGGAUGAGUGGUAGUAAGGCUAUGUAGCUGUAGUUGUUGUAGUUGUUGGGGAGAGACUGCCUUCUAGAUGCUGUUUGCUGUUGUGGUGUGGUACACCACAAUGCCGAUCCCAACUCCAGCCCAGAAUAUCCUCAAAUUUCUGAACAACUAUUGCUCUGUGAAGGGGGUCAGAGACUGGAGGAAAAUUUACAUUAAAAUGAUGGAAAAUGUAUACUGUUAAACAGCUUGUCUAUAAUUUCAUUUAAAAAAAACAACAAUUUGGGUUUCCACAAUGUCCUAGCUUUUGCUCAGCUUGCUUGCUUCAAAUGGUAAUGUCGCAAACAUGAGGUUCCAACACAUUACACACCUGCUAAAAAGUGAAUCACACCUGCAAAAUGAUUUGUCUUAAGAGUGGAUUUCUAUCCUUUGCAAUCUUGAAUUGUGAACUAAUCCUUGGAUAGUUUUCA